AUGCCCGCAUUCCGCAAGCCCGAUGCCAAGGUAGACAAGUUUGCCGCUCUGAAAGAAGCUCGAGCCAAGGGCGGUCGGUUGUCCCAAUGGAAGCCUAAGGACUCUGACUUGUACGAUGAGGUACCGGACGAGCAGUACCGCGCGAUCGUCGGCUCUAGACUAGAUCAGGACGACUUCAUCGAGGAUGAUGGUGUGGGCGGAUAUGUUGAUAAUGGGCAGGAUGACUGGGAUGAGGAGGAUGAGGAGAGCGAGGAUGAGGAUGAUUUUGAGGGGGAAGAUGAGGAGCUGAGGAAAGCGCGCAAGCUGAAGCGAGCGAAACUUCGGGCCAAGCUCGCUGCCAAACCCGCUGCGGCCAAGCCAAGAACCUCCUUGAACGACUAUGCCCGACCAGCAGUAGCGUCCGGCUCGACCUACCGCCCCGCUCACUCGGCAGCGAAGGAGGACGACUUCAUGGCCCAGCUCCUCUCCUCAGUCACCGCGUCGUCCAAUGAAGCGGCUCGGAAGCGCAAAUCAUCCCCCGACUUCCCCAGCUCAGACCCUCACGAGCCCAGCUCGGAUCACUCAUUCUUUGGCGCCAAGAAACGCUAUGGCCAGGAAUCGGACGAGGAGGACUACUCCCGUCGGCGGUCAACGGUCGGGAAGAAGCCUCGGGUUUCGGAGGCGACUAUCAUGCCAGCUGACGAGAAUGAGCCGGAUUACGGGGACUACGGGGAUUAUGGCGGGAUGGACGUGGAUGAGCCGCCAGUCAAGGCGGAGGUACUGUCGGACGACGACGAGAUCAUGAUUAAGCCAAAGACGGCACCGCUCGCUUCGGCCAAACUCAAUGGACAGGCGGCACAACGUCGACGGGUGGUCAACUCCACAUCGGUCAAACACGUCGAACCGAAACCCGAGCCUAUCGUGGCCAAGGCCGAGCCGGAACUGACGCCUGUCAAACCGAGGUUUCCAAUGGAGAAGAAGCCUCUCAACGGCGCGGCUCACUGGUCAUCAGUGCAGGAGACGCUUGAGAAGCAGGUGAAAUCGAGCGAGCUGGAUGUGGUCAAGGCGCCGACCGGGUCGGUCAAGGUGGAGAAUGUGAUAGAGGAGGAUGGAACAGUGAGGAUGUUCUGGCUGGAUCAGAUGGAGCAGGAUGGGGUGGUACACCUGGUGGGGAAGGUGCUGGAUCGGCAAACCAACAAGUAUGUCAGUGCUUGUGUCAGCGUGAACGGUAUCAAGAGGAAUCUGUUCGUCAAGCCACGGGCGAAGCGCUUCCAGGGCGGUCACGAAACGGACCUCGAAGUCACCAAAACCGAUGUCUACCAGGACUUUGACGAGUAUCGGCGGAAAGAAGGGAUAGAGGAAUGGGCAGCCAAAUUCGUCCAGCGGAAAUACGCCUUCGAGGAUCCGGGUGUGGAGAAGGGCGAGAGCGAGUGGAUGAAGGUGGUGUACGGGUUUGAUCAGCCUGAACUGCCACAUAGUGCCAGCGGUGCCACCUUCAGCCAUGUCUUCGGCACCAACACUACUCCCUUCGAGCUCCUCGCGAUCAAGCGGAAGAUCAUGGGCCCGUGCUGGCUCGAGAUCAAGAACGCGUCCCAAAGCUCCAAAUCUACAUCAUGGUGCAAGGUCGAGUUCACCGUUCACGAUCCCAAGAACGUCAACCCCUUCUCCGAGACAGAUCAAGAUGCACCCAAGGAUGCUCCUCCGCUCACAAUGAUGUCUAUCGCUAUGCGGACUAUCGUCAAUCACCGCGAGAACAAGACGGAGCUGCUUUGCGUCACCACCCGGAUAUGGGAAGGCUGCAACAUUGACGAUCCUACACCUCCAGAUCGUCUUCCGUCCUCGCUCAACACCAUCGUCCGGCCUAUCGAGAAGUUCCCGCCAAAUCUUGAAGCUCGUGCCAAGACCGAAGCAUCUCCCUUCCAAACCGUCAAGGCCGAGCGAGCACUCUUGAACUCCCUCCUCGCUACUAUCCAACGCCAUGAUCCGGACGUCAUGGUCAGCCACAACUUCCUGGGCGGCAAUUUCGAGGCGCUGCUGUACCGCAUGAAGGAGCUCAAGGCGGAUCAUUGGUCCAGGAUCGGCCGCUUCAGGCGGAAGGCCAUCAACAUCAACAAGAUGGGCAGUAAUGUCCGCUUGAUGGCGGGUAGAUUGGUCGCCGACCUGUCUAGUGAUGCUGCUAAGGGCAUGAUCUCGUCUACGACGUGGUCGAUGACUGAGAUGUGCGGUACUCAUCUCAAGAUCCAGCGCGAGGAUGUCGACCCGGAAGACACCCAUACCUACUUUGACCACACUCUCCCCACUCCCGACCGCUUGAUCAAGUAUAUCCGGCUAUGCGAGAUCGACGCGUACUUCCAGAUGGCAAUCGCUAGUCGGGUUCAGAUGCUGCCUCUCACUAAGCAGCUCACCAACCUGGCUGGUAACUCCUGGAGUCUUACCCUCACCGGAGGUCGAGCAGUCCGAAACGAAUUCAUUCUGCUGCACGAGUUCCACCGGCUCAAGUAUGUCUGCCCCGACAAGAUGUUCCGCAAGGACAAGGUCAAGGCUCUCCCGACCGGCGACAAUGACGACGAGGACGAUCAGCCAACAACGUCGACCCGCACGAGGGGUAAGGCAAAGUAUGCCGGUGGAUUGGUGUUUGAGCCCAAGAGGGGAUUGUGGGAUACCUAUAUCUUGGUCAUGGACUUCAACUCGCUGUAUCCUAGUAUCAUUCAGGAAUACAAUAUCGACUUUACCACCGUCGAGCGAGAGGAGGACGAAGAUGCGGAAGAGGAGAAGAUUCCCGAUGUGCCAGAAGGAGGUACACCUCAGGGUGUCCUCCCGAGGAUCAUUGCCACCCUCGUCAGCCGUCGUCGACAGGUCAAGGCAUUGAUGAAGGACAAGUCAGCCUCCGCUGCCAAAUUGAUGCAGUACGACAUCAAGCAACAGGCGCUCAAGUUGACCGCCAACUCCAUGUACGGUUGUCUCGGUUUCGCCGGCUCUCGAUUCUCUUCUCGCCCACUCGCCGCCCUGACCACCUUUAAAGGUCGAGAGAUCUUGACGCAUACACGAGAAUUGGCGGAGUCGCUUCAGCUGGAUGUCGUCUACGGUGAUACCGAUUCCGUCUUUGUCAAUUCCAACGUCACCACCUACCCCGAAGCUCUCAAGAUCGCCAACGAGUUCAAGAAGCUCGUCAAUGAGCGGUACAAGCUACUCGAGAUUGAUCUUGAUGCGGUCUUUGAGCGUAUUCUCUUGCUCAAUAAGAAGAAGUAUGCGGCGGUCAAGAUCGAUGAGGCUGGAGAGCGGAUCACGGAGGUCAAGGGGUUGGACAUGAAGAGGAGGGAGUUCUCCAAGGUGUCCAAGGAUUCGUCUAGUGCGGUUCUAAAGGAGAUCUUGUCCGGAGAUGUCACCGAGAAUGUGGUUGGGAAGGUCCACGAUCUCCUGACUAUGCUGGGCGAGCGUGUCAAGUCUGGCGCGGUACCUUUGGAGGACUUCAUCAUCUUCAAGCGUCUCGGAAAGAACCCCGAAGACUACCCCGACAAGAAGUCACAGCCGCACGUCCAGGUCGCUCUGCGUAUGAAGUCCAAGGGCGCCUCGGUCCGCGCUCACGACGUCAUCCCCUACAUCAUCUGUCUCGGCGAGGACGGCAAGUCGGGCAAGACGGCGUCGGCGGACAAGGCAUUCCAUCCUGAUGAUCUUCGGAGGCAGGGCAGCGAGCUCAAGAUUGAUUACGAGUUCUACCUUGAUUCUCAGAUACUGCAACCUAUUUUGAGAUUGUGCGAGUCCAUCGAGGGGACUGAACGGGCGAGAUUGGCGGAAUGUCUGGGUCUUGAUCCAGCCCGAUACUCCUCAUCUGGAGGCGGCGAGGUCGCCGAGAAGCAAUUCUUCACCUUCGAGUCUCAGAUCUCAGACAAGGAGCGCUUCAAGGACGCCGAUCCGUUCAGCGUACGUUGUAUGGCUUGCGAAGCGACGUUCGCUUUCGAGGGCUUGCUGGAAGACACCGCUAGCGUCGUCCAGGCUAUCGGUCUCGUGUGUCCCGGCUGCUCUGGCGUAGUACCCACCCCAUCAGUAUCGGUCCAGCUCGAGAUGGCCGUCCGGUCCCAUAUCUCGAAGUACUACCUCGGCUGGACGGUAUGUGAUGGCGAGGGCUGCGGAGCGCGGACGCGGAUGAUGGGCGUGUAUGGGCGGAGGUGCCUCGGCUUCGUCAAGGAGGGAUGUACGGGUACCGUUUCGCUUGAGUAUUCUGACACCAAGCUGUACAACCAGCUCCUCUACUUCCACUCUCUGUUCGACCUCGAAAAGGCCGUCAACACUGCUCGCGGAACGGGUCGAGGGGAAGAAGUCCGAGCUUUAGCCACAGCGAAUACGAGGGGCUUUGCAGAGAUCCUAUCGGUGGUGGAGCGAUACCUCGAGCGGAACGGGCGGCGGUACGUCGACAUGAAGGGGCUGUUUGGGUUCAUGGAGCGUAUCAAGAUUGCGUAG